GUAUUUGCAUAUACCAAGAGACAACAGAUUAUGUCCGAUGAUAACUGUCUAGAUUCCUCCAACCCAAGUGGUCCUGUCAAGCUUGUGCGUUGUCAUGGCAUGGGUGGAAACCAGAUGUGGACGUUUAACGACCAGGAUGGAUCAAUUCGACAUGUAAACUCUGGCCGAUGCCUGCAGAAGCCAGAUGCUCGGGAUGUUACUCUGCCUGUUCUCAAGAUGUGUGACGGAUCAGUGAGUCAGCAGUGGAUUAUGAACGGGUCCUUUAAAUGGCAGGCCAAUUAAUUUCCUACCGAGUGUUUGUUUUAUUGAAGUGAAUUGGUGUCAUUAUUUGAUCCCUGAAAUAAUAUGGAAAGAAGUGGUUUGUCGAAUGUGCCCUCGUAACCAGAACUAUGUGAUGCUUGGUGUGGUUGGCAUCUGUAGAGUUUAGCUCUAAUAUUUUUUUGGGUGAUCCAUGUGAAAAUAUAGAUGGUAAAUGUUCAGAAAUUGUGAACUAAACAUAUUUCUCUCAUGGUUGUGAAUGACAGUUGAUGCUACUUAAUGCCCAGUGUAGGAUGUCCCAAUAAGCACUUCUACUACUGGCUACUACAACACAGAUACCAUCCAUGAUGAAACUGGCGAGGUUUUAUCACUUGUACUUAAUGUGAACUGUUAAUGAUGGCCAGAAAGGCAUCCCCAGAAUGUCAUGCCUGUAGAUAUAAACUACUUUCUGUGUAAAGCAAGAAACUGUGGCUUUGUACAAACUGCAAAAGUCGUCUCCUCCGAUGUUUCAGUGUACUGUUUAUGUUAGGCAUUAUAUGAUCCUGACAAACAGCAUUUGAAAAUCAUGUACAUAUUAAUGGACUAUGUUUUGAGCUAUAGAUAAAAAUGUUUCAAUUCAUAUACAAUACCAGUACAGUAGCUUUGAUGAGAGUAAAAGAAAAUUAUCCGGGAAAUUGUUUGAACUCUUAAAAUGUUUGUCCGUGGAAAACAAAAAACCUAUUAACAGACGUGAUACACAAAGGAAAACAUAAGAAGAGAUGCCAACUGGGAGUCACUGUACUGUAGGUGAAUUACAUCUUUUUUUAGGUGGAAUGGACUUAAUCUACAGUAAAUAUAUACUGUAUGUAUAGUGUAAAUAUGACAUUAUCCUGUAACUUCCAGAGUUAUAUCUUCCUGUAUUAUCUGUCCAGGUGAGAAUGUGAAAUCAGUGCCUUCUAAGAAAGCCAGAGAAGGUUUUUUUUAUAUGACGACGUCACACCUGGUAUAGAGAAAGGGCCAUGCUGCUACAGAAGUUACUGGUAAUAUACCAUACUAUCUGAGGAGAGAACUCAGCCAGUAGAAGAUAAAGUGCUGUGAGGAGAGACCUUGUUCAGUGAUAGAGCAACAUAAAAUGUUUAUACUACUUUGUAUUAAUUACUUUAAAAUUUUUAAUUUAUUUUACUUGUUGGGUAUUGUAACUUGGAUGUAAAAUUUAUAAAACUUGAAAAAAUAAAUGGUUAGGCAAAAUCAUAACUAUCUGCUAGUAGGUGUAAUGACACUAGAUCAAUGCUCUGCACUUGCUAACCAAAAGAUGCUGGUGAAGUCUCAUCCUACUUCCUAGAAUGGUUGUUGCAAUGUCAUCCUGUGCACAAUGCUUGUUGUAAUCAAGGUUAAAGCAUAUUCUCUUCUCGGGAUGUACCACCUUGCUAUGCUGAAGUGAUAUAAAAGUGGUAGCUUUCUGCAGUUUUAAAAAAAUAGUUUAGUAACAUCAUGGUUUCUGUAUAUUUUAUUAUAAAAUAGAACAUUUUAUUAACCUUCAUAAAAUAGUGUGAUGUUAGAAAAGAAACUUUGUUUGAAUUACGUGUGGACACGACUCUCCUCAAAACAGCAUUUAGUGUACAGUAGUGUCCAUUUAAUAUUGUAAACAUUUAGACCUAUUUAUUAAUGCCAUAUGUACAAGACAUGUUUGCCUUUGAAAAUUUAAUUAAUAAAAUGUCAGUAAUUUAUGACUCAAGGUUGUAAUGCAGCAGCAGCCUCAUAGUUAUUAUUAUAUCAAACUUAUUUUUCUUGAAGUGGUGGAACCCAACUCCUUUAAUUCUUACCAUAGCAGACUCAACAAGGUGUCAGACAAUAAAGACAGUGGUUGUUAUUAUGACUCAGUGCUUCAGACUAAAAGUACAGUAUACAGGCAGUUAGUGUAUUUUAAAGUUAUUGAGAACAGUCUGUAUAGGGGCCUGUAGCUUAUAUGGCAUUUUAGGCAAAUGUCUGAUUACGUUUCCUGGUAUAUAUGAUAAGGUAAGGGUCUACUGUACCGGCAUGGUCAAACUGUGAUACCUGCACAAGACUUACCAGCGCAUAAAAGUGUUAUUGGUUAUGUAGUUUAUGAUUGCCCAUAUGACUCCCCCAAAAUGUAAUAGUUACAUUCAGAGUACAACAACAAAAGAUACUUCAUGAAUAGGGAACUCCAUUUCAUUGUUUUGGAGAAAGCUUUAUUAAGUAUUCUAAAAUGUAGAGAAUAAUAUAUCAGAUAACAUUCUUUGUGAUGGCUGCUUGCAUGGAUUACACAUUUCUUUCAAGGACAAAAAGGAUGUAUAUCUCCACUCAUGCUUCAGACAAGUUGAAAACCUCUACUUGGUUUCACUUUCGAUGAUAUUGAUUGGAGAUGAAUUAGAGCAGUUAUGUUGUACUCUGAACUCAGAAUACCGAGCAGUUUUCCAUAAGUGUCAAAAAAAUUUCCUGUUCAUUUCUCAGGUGUAGUGAAUGGAUAACUUACCACUUCAUAUCAAUGUGUCAAUAAAAUCAAGGUAUGUGUUAUAUAUAUAUAUAUUAUGAAUGAUGAUUGAUAUUAAUGAAAAUGUUAUGAUUUAUUGAUGGUUUGUAUAAAAAAUUAAUACCAUUAUCUUCAACUGUUGAACUUUUUUAAGAUUAAUUUACAAAACAAUUACAAUACGUACUAUUAAUUUUGCCAUUACUCACAUUGUCAUUACCUUUUGGUAAUGAUUGUUGCAGUUCUUUUGUCAAUGUGUCAGGAUAAUGGUAUCUUAACUUUUUACUGUAUACUAUUUUCAGUGGUGGAGGGAUAUUACUAUUUAUAGAAUGGAUUUAAUUUAAUUUUUUAUUAAUAUUAAACAGUGGUGGUGGAAGCUUUUUGUAUUCAGUUAGGUGUAGAACAUCAAGUUUUGCAAACAUUGUGUUAAUACCAAGACCAUUAUUAAACCCGUAACAGAGGCUGUGAAGCUCAUAAGAGUGAUUUCAUAUACUGUAACUCAUAUUUCCAUGAUUCAAGUUAAAUAUAAUCCAAUAAUUAAUCCUUAAGAAAAAAUAAUUUGUUUUUAAUGUGAAUAAAAUGGUCUUGUAGUAGUAUACAAUUUGUUCUUUUUUUUUUUUUUUUUUUUUUUUUUUUUUACAAGAUUUUGUAUAUAUUUAUGUAUAUUGACUUAUUUUAAGAAAGCUUAUUUCCAAUUUGAAUUAAAUUUUUACAAAGGCUCUCCACAUAACAUUUCUUUCCACUUGUAUGCUUUUUGAAUGAGUUAAAGUUGUCAAGAUUUCUCAAGGUGCAUUGUAAUUUAAGGCUCAGCUUUACCCGUCUUAAUCUUCUUCAAUUCUCUUACCAAUAUAGCUAAGUUUCUCAUUAUUUUUGUCAGUAUGUUAGAUGCAAAGUAGUAGAUAAUAUGACUCACUUGUGCCAAGUACUUAGGGGAAAUUAGGCCAAAUCACCAUACACUUGCCAUGUUAACAAGGUUGUCAGCUUGCAUUCUUUAUAGAGGAAAAGGUAUUUUUUCCUAAAGUGGCUGAAAAAGUAUGUAUUUGAGGACAGAAGUAUGGCACCUUGAUUGAUUGACCCAUACAUAAGACCAAUGUAGGGUGUAAAAUUUGGAUAAAUAUGAUUUUUGUUUUUCAAGUAUUAAAAUUUGGUUACCUAGACGACAAUCAACAGUAAAUGAGGUUACACAAUAAAGCACACUUUACUAGCAUGAAGGUGGCAUCUGUCUUUUCCCAGUGGUAUUCUCAGUAUCUGAUGAAACACUGGACAUUUCUUUACAUGUCCAUUUUAUUCAUUUUUUGAAAUGAAGAGAUGCUUAAGAUUUUGAGUCCUAAUAAUAAUACCAUUGUGAUUGUUUAGUUGAAGGCUUCAUGGAAUGUGUAUCUCAUCUGCUAAAAAUAUAAAUUUCUAUUAUUUAUUUUAUUUUUUUUAUCUGGAGUUCUCUGUUCUGUGUAAAGCAGAAGAACUACUUUAUUAAAGGUCAUUGAGUAACUUGUGUCCAAGCUUCUGUACUCUUUAGCUUAGUUAUUUAAGACUGUUAAAAUAUCCUACAAUGGCAAGUUGUUUAAGAUGAAGACAUUCUGUGUUAUAGUUAAUUCUUUAUUAUUACUACAUACAUAUAUAUGGGCUUCUCUAUAUUCAAUUUCUGAUACUAUGUUUGCUGAAUUUCAGCAAUAGAGGCAGUCAGGAGCUGGAUUUCCUGAAAGAGCAUAUUUUAUAAUUAGUGGAUUGCCUUUGCCAAGCACAUAUAGGGGUGUUCCAUUAAAUUAGUAUUGGUACAUUUUGCAGUGAAGUGACUGGUAAUCUGUACCUAUUUCUGUCCCUGUAAUUGUUCUUGAGUUAUCAUAAAAUAGAUUUAUUCCACUUAGUCAUGUAUUCAAAUUUGGACACAAGUUGCAGAACAUUUCAUAGGUAAUUAAGACACUAUACUCCAGGUUUUCUUCCAUGGUGUCUGAGAGGCAGGAUGGUUGGGAUAUGAUUGAGUGUUGCAUUUGGGUCAUCCUUCAUGAAUUUAUUAUUAAAGUUUUUUUUUAUUAUUCUACACUACUGGCUUUUGUCUUUCAAUUUGUUCUUGUAGUUUAUACCUCAAACAGAUCCCUGGAGGAGGUGAAGCUAUAAGACAAGAGCAACUAGUGUCAAAACCUUGUGUAAUAUUGUCAUUGUGAAUAUUGUCUUCAUAAUUUUUCUUUUGUAAGUUGAUCAGUCUAAAAACACAAGUUCCAUGAGGUAGAUUUAAAUUCUGGUGUCUCACUUUUGUCUUAUUCUUAAAAAAAAAAAUGGUGCUUUGAAAAUUAAAUAUGUAGGCUCAUAGAUCUACUGAUAUAAAAUGAGUACAGUAAGUGCUUAUGCUAAUUUCUGAGUUUUAUUAUUAAAUCAAAUGAUUCCAUUUAUAGUUUAAGGUAUGGAUUAUAUGAAUAUACAAUAUAUAUAUUUUUUUCGUAUGUGACUGCAUAGUUUGAAGUGGAAAUCAAGAAACUCUUUUUCAGUCACUAUUAUACUUGAUACUGUAGAUGAUUGUUUAAAUAUUGUGUAACUUUAGAUGAUUUGGCUCAAUUCUUUUCCAUUAUAUUAUGUAAAUCUUUACUAUUCCAUUAUUCUAAACCUGUGCAUUGUUGAUCUGCAUUAUUGAUAUGACAGACAUUUAUUUGAGAUGAAUUUGUGUCAAUUGUACAAUCCUGAAUGUAAAACUAAUUUGGUUCAUAGUAAAAUUUGUGAAUGUGUGUGUGUGUGUGGGUGUGCGCGUGCGUGCGCAUGGUGAUGGGAACCUUACAAAGUUUUUAAUAAAAUGUUUCAAGUA